CGUUCUCGGCCAGCCAUGUCAACAAUCAUCCCUGAACAAGAAACAGAGCCAUUGCUCGAACCAGCUCCAUCGCCAUUCUGCGCUGAAGUUGCAAAGUCGUCCAUUGUUCUCCCAAACAAUAACGGCUCAGAACUGAAGCACACAUUAGAUGACUGUGUCAGAAGAAUCCUCGUCCUCGACUACAAGUUUAAGGAGAUCCACACGCACACCGACCGCCGUCUCCUUUUGGGCUACGCCGCAUGUGCCUUUGCAGCAUAUGCAUCCGCAUACUCUUACAUUGUCCCUUUCCCCGACUGCAAACCCGUCCUUCUCGUGUGUGUCGUCGCGUAUUUCAUCCUGAACGGCGCCAUGAUGCUGUACGCGACAUAUAUUGAGAAAGAUAUCAUCUUUCAAGGUGUCAAAAAGGAUUCUUUGGGGCUGGAACCCGAUAAGAAGAUCACAGUACGCGCAAACUAUAAGCGGUUUACUCCAAACUACACGGUCACUUUUGAAUUUGGAGAUGAGAAAGAUGGAAUGGCGAAGGGGGUGAGAGGAAGAGCACCGUCACCAAUCAAACUUAAAAAGACUUUUGGCGACUACUAUGAUGUGGAAGGCAGAUUGGCACCAAGCGUACUCGUCAAGGAUGUAGCAAGUGUGGUAGACUCUUAUGGAUUGAAGGUGGAAUAGGUAUACUUUUUGUAUAGGUGGCAUCUGGGCCUGCAGAUGGAGCGUGGUAAAUGCAGUUGAGAUGGGUGCGCGUUACGUAAUCUCCAUCCAUGGCAACAAGGACAACCAGCUUCUCCACUCAUGCGAAAUGUCA